AUGGCUUUUGACUUCUCAAUUGAAUAUAAAAAGGGUUUAGAGAAUAAGGCCGCAGAUGCUCUUUCUAGAAUGCCUGAUGCAGAAGUUUUAGCCAUAGCCGUACCACAUGAUGAUUUGUAUAACAAAAUUAAGGAUUCUUGGAGUACUGAUUCUGCAUUACAGUUGUGUGACAUUUGCCAAAGACACAAGUAUGAUGUUGCAGCUUCUCCAGGUUAUCUUCAGCCCCUCCCUAUACCUGAAGGUGUUUGGACUGAUAUAUGUCUUGACUUUAUAGAAGGCCUUCCAAAGUUCCAGGGAAAAGAUGUUAUAUUAGUAUUGGUGGAUAGAUUGAGUAAGUAUGCUCAUUUCUUGAGUUUGCAGCAUCCAUAUACAGCUCAGUCAGUAGCUAAAAGUUUCUUAGAUGGAGUCUUUAAACUACAUGGAAUGCCUGUUACUAUGACCAGUGAUAGAGAUCCUAAACCUCUUGUGCAUUUUCCCUACCUGGUCGGAGAAAGUGCAGUUGAGAUGGUGGACAGAGAUCUUGCAGCUAGAGAGGCUAUCAUCCAGUUAAUCAAGUUUCACAUUGCUAGAGCUCAACAAAGAAUGAAAGACGUGACUGAUAAACAUAGAUCUGAUAGGUCCUUUGAAGUUGGUGACUGGGUCUAUUUGAAAUUGCAGCCUUAUAGGCAUGUUUCAGUUGCCUCUAGGCCUUUUAACAAGCUAGCAGCCAAGUAUUAUGGACCCUAUGUAGUUGAGGCUAAGAUUGGAGUUGUUGCUUAUAGACUUUUGCUUCCUUCUGAAGUACUUAUUCAUCCCUCACUCCAUGUGUCACAGUUGAAAAGGUGUCUUGUUGUGCCUAGUAGCAUUUCUCAUCCUCCUGUUCUCCACCUCUCAAGUCCUCAAUGUCCUUUACCUGGGGCUAUUCUUGAUAGAAGGAUGGUCAAGAAGGGUAACAAGGCUACCACUCAAGUUCUCAUCAAGUAG